GAGUGUCCCCCUUCCCGUCUCCUCAGCUGGAGAAACGACGGGACCGAUGAGGCGGAGGACACCGCGCCACCAGCCGGACGGCUCUCGCGUCUUACCCCUUCUGCGACCCAUCUCCGGCGACAAUAAGCUCUCCCGGUUCAACUUCACUGGCCGCCGUCACCAGGACAUGCCCAACCGCGAUAGUUGCAGCUCGAAGCUGCCAGCAUCGCCCUAUUCUUCUACGUCCCAACGCCGGGACUUCGCCGCCCUUCCGUACGAUCUGCUCCAGAAGAUCGCGGGGUCGUUCUCGCACCCGAACCUCCAGUCGGCGUCGCUGGUGUGCCGCGCGUGGAGGGACGCUCUCCAGCCGCUGAGGGAGGCGAUGCUGUUCCUCCGGUGGGGAAAGCGGUUCAAGCACGGGCGCCGGGGAGUGCGGCAGAACCCGGCCAAGGCGCUCGACUCGUUCCUGAAGGGCGCUGCUCGUGGCUCCACGCUCGCGAUGGUCGAUGCGGGGCUCAUAUAUUGGGAGAUGGGGAAGAAGGACAAGGCGAUUCAGCUGUACCAGAGGGCGGCAGCAUUAGGAGAUCCUGCUGGACAGUGCAAUUUGGGGAUUUCAUAUCUUCAAGCUGAACCUCCGCAGCCUGAAGAAGCCGUUCAUUGGCUAAAUCUUGCUUCAAAGGCUGGCCAUGUACGAGCACGGUACCAAUUGGCGCUUUGCCUUCAUCAGGGAUGUGGUGUGGAUCGGAAUCUACAAGAAGCUGCGAAAUGGUAUUUAAAAGCGGCUGAAGGAGGCUAUGUGCGAGCAAUGUAUAAUGUUGCUCUGUGCUACUCCUUUGGAGAAGGUUUUGCCCACAAUAACCGACAGUCAAGAAACUGGAUGAGGCGAGCAGCUGAUCGUGGUCACAGUAAAGCUCAAUUCGAGCAUGGGCUCAGACUUUUCUCUGAGGGAGAGAUGAUGAAAGCUGUGGUUUACUUGGAACUCGCGACUCGUGCCGGAGAAACAGCGGCAUCUCAUGUCAAGAAUGUAAUCCUCCAACAACUGUCAGCUACAUCACGAGAUCGUGUGAUGUUCCUCGCCGACAAUUGGCGUGCCUUGCCAUGAGCAUGAUGAGACAUGUUCAGUUGGUUGUCGUAUUUAUUCGAGGCAUAUUCUUCUGAGUAUGUAUAGUAUAGGAUUGGUCACUCUGUGUAGGAGCACAAGCAUAGACUGUCCUACAUCCUGAUGCUUGUAUAUUGUGUCUCAGAAUUAUACAGAUCUAUAUUCCUGAAGUUGUAAGACCAAAUCAAAUGUAUCUGGUUUGUGUUUCGUAGCAGUAUAGAGAUCGGAAAUUCAAUGGAAUCCGAAUAAAAACUGGGCAAUGAAUCACAAUAUCCGGAAGAUAAAUAAUGGAGAGAUGAUAUUUUGUUCA